AUGACCCCGAAAUCUCGUGGGCAGACACAUGCCGAAUUCGUGCUCCUCCUUCUCCGACUCUUCCAAAAUAUGCCAAGCCAAACCGAAAUUGAAACCGCCCUAAAGGCUAAUGCUGUUGACGGCAAAAUCAAAGUCAAAGAUGUCCUCACUGCCCUUCCAGUCCUCGGAAUUGCAACUGAUAAGGUGGAACCUUAUCUCGAGGAGACCAAGGAUGGAGAUGAUCAAGUUAAUCUGGCGGAGAUUGUGGCUUACAUCUCUUCUAUCUAA